CUUGCGACUUGGUGCUCAAUACCACUCUGAUGCUCACGGAGAGAUAGUAAGAGAGAGAGCCAGAGUGCGAGGGAUAGAGAGAGCGAUAGAGAAGUGGAGGAGAGAAGUGAGAGAGCACUGAGAGCGGGAGUGAGAGCAGAGCAGGGUGUGAGCGAGAGAGCACGAGAACCAGAGAGAACGCGCACAUGAAGGAGAGGAGACUGAGGGAAGGGGGUUGUUUUCUGUGUGCUGCUCGUGUGCAUGACUGAGGAGCCUUCCUGCCUGGAUCGUUAGUCAUCUCCAGCCCCAGAGCUGGGCUCUGUGCUCCAUAGGCUGUACUGACUGAGGAACACAGGGACAGACAGACAGAGGCUGGUGGACUUGAGAGGGCUGUGCAGAGAAUGUGCUGGCUGCGUGGGCUCUGUCGCCGUGAUCGCUGUUGCCAGACCCCUCAGCUGCCUCUGCCUCACUCGGCUGCUAUUGCAGGCCCCCCCUUAGCCCAGCACUCGGAGGACAUCAGCACUCAGUGGUAGAGAGAUGAGCUCCAAGCACUCUUCCGACUGGAUCCCCUACAGUACCUUGGACGAUGAGGGCAGCAACCUCCGCCAACAGAAGCUAGACAGACAGCGAGCUCUCCUAGAGCAGAAGCAGAAGAAGAAGAGACAGGAGCCCCUGAUGGUGCAGUCCAACGUGGAUGGGCGGUCUCGUGCCCGCAAGACCAAGCAGUGUGAGGAGCAGGCUCCCCUGGUAGAGUCUUACGUCAGCAGCAAUAGGAGCACCAUCUACCACGUGCAAGAAGCUGAACAUGAGGAGGUGAAGGUGGUAGCGGACAACCAGGCUCCUCGCUCAGCCAAAAAGGGCAAGGCAUCGACCAGCUCCACCCCGCAGACAGGCAGCGGCAAGAAGGAGAGGAAGGGGAAGCACAAAGGACUCGAUGGGCCGGCGUCCUUCCAGGAAGAGGGCCAGAUCCAGAUCAUGACGGUGGGUCACUGGGCCGUGGAGGAGGGGAGUGAGGGAGAUGCUGUGAUCAGUGCUCAGCCACAGGGCAAGCAGGACCUGAGGGUCACCAUGCUUAAGAAAGGUAUUUCUAGUAGUAUGAACUUUGACGAAGAGGAGGAUGACGAAGAUGAAGUCAGUUCCAGUUCCUCUCAGCUCAACAGUAACACACGGCCAGGCUCUGCCACCAGCAAGAAGUCCUGCAAGGAGGCAGCCUCAGCGUCCACCCCUCCCGUCAGUGAGCCGGCCAUCGACGUGGACGACCUGGAAGAGUUCACCCUGAGACCAGCCCCUCAGGGGAUCACGGUGAAGUGCAGGAUCACCAGAGACAAGAAGGGCAUGGACCGAGGCAUGUACCCUACCUACUACCUCCACCUGGAGAGGGAGGAUGGGAAGAAGGUGUUCCUGUUAGCUGGAAGGAAGAGAAAGAAGAGCAAAACAUCUAAUUACCUCAUCUCCAUCGAUCCCACUGAUCUGUCUCGAGGGGGGGAGAGUUUCAUCGGGAAGCUGAGGUCCAACCUCAUGGGAACCAAGUUUACAGUGUAUGACAGUGGACAGAACCCUGGGAAGACAACCUCCAGCCUAGAGGCUACUAACCUGCGGCAGGAGCUGGCAGCUGUCUGCUAUGAAACCAAUGUUUUAGGGUUCAAAGGACCUCGUAAAAUGAGUGUCAUCAUUCCUGGAAUGAACAUGGACCAUGAGAGAGUCGCCAUCUGCCCACGGAAUGACCAUGAGUCUUUACUGGCGCGGUGGCAGAACAAGAGCACAGAGAGUGUGAUCGAGCUUCACAACAAGACCCCCGUGUGGAACGACGACACUCAGUCCUACGUUCUCAACUUCCACGGCAGAGUCACUCAGGCCUCAGUCAAGAAUUUCCAGAUCAUCCACGACAAUGACCCGGACUACAUUGUGAUGCAGUUUGGGCGGGUUGCGGAGGAUGUAUUCACCAUGGACUAUAACUACCCUAUGUGUGCCCUCCAAGCCUUCGCCAUUGCUCUCUCCAGCUUUGACAGCAAGCUGGCCUGUGAGUAGCAGCCACCCUCAGUCCUUUCCCUCCUGAGAAGCUACCUGCUCCAAACUGAAGGCCUACUCAUGGGCCUCCAUUAGUCCAUCAGUCCCCUCACCAAGGCCUUCAGUUAAUCCCGGGUCAUCAUGGGGACCCAACACUGUCCAAGAAUCCCCCCUGGAAUUUGCUUAAGCCGAGGAUGGUGUGGAGGCACAAACUGUCUGCAAGUGUGUCUGUGAGUGUGUGUAUGUGUUCUGGUGCUCCUUAGGAACCCUUCCAGCCUCUAUUCUGGAUAAGGAUAUGUCAAUCAGUGGACAGGACAAGCACAAAGACUAAUCCACUCUUGCAUCUUAAAGCUCAUUUUAAUAGAUCAUGUUUUAAAUUAAAUAUGUAACAAUGAAUCCUGUUACUUUAUGUAUCCGUUGUGGAAUUCUAACAUUUAUUUAAUCAUGAAUUACUUUUCAAUGAAUAACAUGUAUUGCAACAACAACAAAACAAACAACUGUUCAUCUUCAUGUUGAAUUGGUUGAAGGAGUUUCAUCGUAGUAAUUAACCCCCACAUCUUUUUUAUCUGCCACCUUUAACUUAUUCAAUAUUGGACUGGAAACCAUUAGGUUACAAAUUAGGAGCCAUUCAAGAUUGAAAACGUAAUUCGAAAGAUAAACCUCCUAACAAAUAACACUUUAACCUCAUAACUGUCACUAAUAUGACUCAUUUGAACAUCACAUAACAUUCACAUCCAUGUAUGUGUUUAUAUUGUUAUUUAUACGGAUCCACGACACAGGUAACUGACAAAAUAAAGGAAACACCAACAGAAAGCGUCUUAAUAAGGGGUUGGGUCACCACGAGCUGCCAGAACAGCUUCAAAGCACCUUGAUAUAGAUUCUACAAGUAUCUGGAACUAUACUGGAGGGAUGCGACACCAUUCUUCCACGAGAAAUUCCAUAGUUUUUUGUUUUGUUUAUGGUGGUAGAAAACGCCGUCUCAGGCGCCGCUCCAGAAUCUCCCAUAAGUGUUCAAUUGGG